AUGGGUGUCCUGGAGUCCCAGACCCCACACCUCAGACCACACAACUCAGACCCCACACCUCAGACCACACAACUCAGACCCCAGACCCCACACCCCAGACCCCAAAACUCAGACCCCACACCUCAGACCACACAACCCACAACCCCACACCCCAGACCCCACACCCCAGACCCCACACCCCAGACCCCACACCUCAGACACCACAACUCAGACCCCACAACUCAGACCCCACAACUCAGACCCCACAACUCAGACCCCACACCUCAGACACCACACCUCAGACACCACACCUCAGACCCCACAACUCAGACCCCACAACUCAGACCCCACAACUCAGACCCCACACCCCAGACUCCACACCUCAGACACCACACCUCAGACACCACACCUCAGACCCCACAACUCAGACCCCAGACCCCACACCCCAGACCCCAAAACUCAGACCCCACACCUCAGACCACACAACCCACAACCCCACACCCCAGACCCCACACCCCAGACCCCACACCUCAGACACCACAACUCAGACCCCACACCUCAGACCCCACAACUCAGACCCCACACCUCAGACCCCACACCUCAGACCCCACAACUCAGACCCCACACCUCAGACCCCACAACUCAGACCCCACACCUCAGACACCACACCUCAGACACCACACCUCAGACCCCACAACUCAGACCCCACAACUCAGACCCCACAACUCAGACCCCACACCCCAGACCCCACACCUCAGACACCACACCUCAGACACCACACCUCAGACCCCACAACUCAGACCCCACACCUCAGACCCCACAACUCAGACCCCACACCCUAGACCCCAGACCCUGAUCUAUAGAGAGUAUUAUUGUUUUAUCUCUUGA